AUGUCCAAGGUAACGGCGCCCGGGCCCGGGCCGCCGGUGGCGGCGGCGGGCGGGAAGGAGAAGCGCUCCUUCAGCAAGCGGCUGUUCCGGAGCGGCCGCGCGGGCGGCGGCGGCGCGGGGGGCCCCGGGCCGGCCGCGCCCUCCUCGCCCUCUUCGGCGCGUUCCGUGGGCAGCUUCAUGAGCCGCGUCCUCAAGACGCUGUCCACGCUCUCGCACCUCAGCUCCGAGGGCGCCGCCCCGGACCGCGGCGGCCUCCGCAGCUGCUUCCCGCCGGGGCCGGCCGCCGCGCCCACGCCGCCGCCCUGCCCGCCGCCGCCCGCCUCGCCCGCGCCGCCCGCCUGCGCCGCCGAGCCGGUGCCGGGAGUGGCGGGGCUCCGCAACCACGGCAACACGUGCUUCAUGAACGCCACGCUGCAGUGCCUCAGCAACACCGAGCUCUUCGCCGAGUACCUGGCGCUGGGCCAGUACCGGGCGGGGCGGCCGGAGCCCUCGCCUGACCCCGAGCAGCCCUCGGGACGCGGCGCGCAGGGCCAGGGCGAGGUCACCGAGCAGCUGGCGCACCUGGUGCGGGCCCUCUGGACCCUGGAGUACACCCCGCAGCACAGCCGCGACUUCAAGAGUAUUGUGUCAAAGAACGCGCUGCAGUAUCGGGGGAAUUCCCAGCAUGAUGCCCAGGAGUUUCUGCUGUGGCUUUUGGACCGAGUUCAUGAAGACCUCAAUCAUGCUGUGAAGCAGAGCGGCCAGCCUCCUCUGAAGCCUCCAUCAGAGACUGAUGGCAUGCCCGAGGGACCAUCUUUUCCUGUGUGUAGCACUUUUGUACAAGAACUUUUUCAAGCCCAGUACAGAUCUUCUUUGACAUGUCCUCAUUGUCAGAAACAGAGCAACACUUUUGAUCCUUUCCUCUGCAUUUCUUUGCCAAUUCCUCUACCCCAUACAAGGCCUCUCUAUGUCACUGUAGUGUAUCAAGGGAAAUGUUCUCACUGCAUGAGGAUUGGUGUGGCUGUGCCUCUGUCUGGGACUGUUGCCAGACUUCGGGAAGCAGUGUCUGUGGAAACAAAGAUCCCCACUGAUCAGAUUGUGUUGACAGAAAUGUACUAUGAUGGGUUCCACCGUUCCUUUUGUGAUACAGACGACCUGGAGACAGUCCAUGAGAGUGACUGCAUUUUUGCCUUUGAGACUCCAGAAAUAUUUCGGCCUGAAGGAAUUCUCAGUCAAAGAGGAAUUCACUUAAACAACAAUCUCAAUCACUUGAAGUUUGGCUUGGAUCAUCAUAGACUGUCUUCCUCUACACAAACAGCAGCAAAGCAAGGGGAAAUGGACCUGCCCACCACCAGAGCAGGCAGUGACAAGAUUGUUGUGCUGGUGUGUAACCGAGCCUGCACCGGGCAGCAGGGGAGGAGAUUUGGACUGCCUUUUGUGCUGCACUUAGAGAAGACGAUAGCAUGGGACCUUCUGCAGAAGAAAAUUUUGGAGAAGAUGAAGUAUUUCCUGAGGCCUACUGUUUGCAUUCAGGUGUGUCCGUUCAGUUUGCGAGUGGUCAGUGUUGUGGGAAUUACAUACUUGCUGCCCCAGGAGGARCAGCCCCUGUGCCACCCAACAGUAGAAAGGGCAUUAAAAUCUUGUGGACCAGGUGGCACUGCUCAUGUGAAGUUAGUGGUAGAAUGGGACAAGGAGACAAAAGAUUUCUUAUUUGUAAACACUGAAGAUGAGUAUAUCCCAGAUGCAGAAAGUGUCCGCCUGCAGAAGGAGGGGCAUCAUCAACCUCAGACCUGCACUUUAUCCCAGUGUUUCCAACUCUACACCAAAGAGGAACGACUGGCCCCAGAUGAUGCCUGGCGUUGCCCACAUUGCAAGCAGCUGCAGCAGGGGAGCAUCACGCUGAGCCUGUGGACUCUGCCUGACGUGCUUAUCAUACACCUCAAGAGGUUUCGACAGGAAGGAGACAGGCGUGUGAAACUUCAGAACAUGGUCAAGUUCCCCUUGACUGGCCUGGACAUGACUCYUCAUGUGGUCAAGAGAAGCCAGAGCAGCUGGAGUUUGCCAUCCCACUGGUCCCCGUGGAGGCGGCCCUAUGGACUCGGGAGGGACCCUGAGGACUACAUCUAUGACCUGUAUGCUGUGUGCAAUCACCAUGGCACCAUGCAAGGGGGGCACUACACAGCAUACUGUAAGAACUCUGUGGAUGGCCUCUGGUAUUGCUUCGAUGACAGUGAUGUGCAGCAGCUGUCGGAGGAUGAGGUGUGCACGCAGACAGCCUAUAUCCUCUUCUACCAAAGGCGGACAGCCAUCCCGUCGUGGUCAGCUAACAGCUCAGUAGCCGGCUCCACAAGUUCCUCCCUGUGCGAGCACUGGGUGAGCCGGCUUCCAGGGAGCAAGCAAGCCAGUGUGACUUCAGCGGCCUCCUCCAGAUGAACCUCCCUGGCCUCACUCUUCAAGUCCAUGGAAAUGACUGCGGAAAGGAGUGAAGAUGAUGGUGGCUUUUCAACUAGGCCAUUUGUGAGGAGUGUCCAGCGCCAGAGCUUGUCCUCCAGAUCGUCUGUGACCAGCCCCUUGGCUGUUAAUGAAAAUUGCAUGAGACCUUCUUGGUCCCUGUCUGCGAAGCUGCAGAUGCGCUCCAAUUCUCCUUCCCGCUUCUCAGGGGACUCUCCAAUUCACAGCUCUGCCUCCACCUUAGAGAAGAUCGGGGAGGCAGUAGAUGACAAGGUCUCCAUCUCUUGCUUUGGCAGCUUGAGGAACCUUUCCAGCAGUUAUCAGGAAGUAAGUGAUAGUCACAGUCGACGAGAACACAAGGCUGUGGGCCGAGCCCCCCUGGCUGUCAUGGAGGGCGUGUUCAGAGACGAGUCAGAUACCCGAAAAUUGAACUCCAGUGUUGUAGAUACACAGAGCAAAAACUUAGCCCAAGGGGAUCGCUUACCACCUGUCUCCUAUGCAUUUUAUAACAAUAACCAGAUUGCUUACGUGGAUCAGAGUGAUUCCGUGGACAGCUCUCCAGUCAAAGAAGUGAAACCCCCAGGCCACCCAGGCUCGCUCACAAAGAAACCAGAGAGCACAACCAAGAGGUCCCCCAGUUCCAAAGGCACUUCUGAGCCAGAUAAAAGCUUGCGGAAGGGGAGAGCAGCCUUGGCAAGCCAAGAAUCAUCUCUUUCAAGUACAUCUCCUUCUUCUCCUGUUCCUGUCAAAGUUUCUCUAAAGCCUUCUCGCUCUCGAAGCAAAGCGGAUUCUUCCAGGGCCAGUGGAAGGCAUUCAUCCCCUGCUCCUGCCCAGCCCAAAAAGGAGUCGGUCCCCAAGUCCCAUGAUUCCGCAUCGUCUCCCUCGCCACAGAAGCAGAAGUCGGCUUCUGCCCUCGCUUACACUGCUUCCUCUACAUCUGCYAAAAAAGCCUCAGGCUCUGCCACCAGGGGCCCCUUCCCUCCUGGGAAGAACAGGACUUCAGACCGGACCUUGAGUAGGGAGGGCUCCAGACAAAGCCUGGGAUCCGACAGAGCCAGUGUCACCUCCAUUUCCAAACCCAGCUCCCCUCGGGUGAGCCAGGCCAGAGCUGGGGAGGGCAGAGGUGACGGCAAGCACGUGCGCAGCUCCUCCAUGGCCAGCCUGCGCUCCCCCAGCACGAGCGUGCGCUCUGGUCUGAAGAGGGACAGCAAGUCUGAGGAUAAGGGGCUGUCCUUCUUCAAGUCAGCCUUGAGACAGAAGGAAACUAGGCGGUCGACGGACCUCGGCAAGACAACCUUGCUGUCCAAAAAGACAGGGGGCAGCUCCGUCAAGUCAGACAGUAAGAGUGCCAGGGAUGACAAGGCCGAGAAAGGCCCCCAGCCUCCGGGCCCCCAGCAGCCAAAUGCCCAUGCAGUUGGAAAGGAACAGCUUGUCUCUAAGGACCCUGCCUCCGCUAAACAUUCCCUGCUCUCUGCUCACAAGUCCAAGUCUUCCCAGCUGGAUUCCGGACUUCCCUCAUCUCCCAGCGGCAAGCAGCCUGCUGAGAAAGCCUCCAAAAAGUUACCUUCUAGCAUGCAGACCUCUGCACGGCCUUCUCAGAAACCUCAGUGACGUUCCGCAGCCUAAGUGUUCUGUCUGUAAAGAUGUUUAUUUAUUUAGCACCCCUCCUCUCCCACCA